AUGGUACACUCCAAGGUUGUCAUCAUUGGCUCCGGCCCUGCUGCGCAUACAGCGGCCAUCUAUCUCUCGCGUGCCGAACUUAAACCCGUCAUGUACGAGGGUAUGCUCGCAGGAGGCACGGCAGCCGGCGGUCAAUUGACAACCACUACCGAUAUCGAGAACUUCCCGGGCUUCCCUGAUGGAAUUGGAGGCUCAGAGCUCAUGGAAAAUAUGCGCAAACAAUCCACACGAUUCGGUACAGAGAUCAUUACUGAGACCAUCACUCGAGUCGACUUCAGCAAGCGCCCGUUCCGGCUGUGGAAAGAAUGGUCUGAUGGCCCCGACGAGGAACCCGCACACACCGCAGAUGCAGUCAUUAUCGCCACAGGCGCCAACGCCAGACGUCUCGAUCUUCCCGGCGAGGAAAAAUACUGGCAAAAUGGUAUCUCGGCAUGCGCUGUUUGCGACGGUGCAGUUCCUAUUUUCAGAAACAAGCCUUUGUUUGUGAUUGGUGGUGGUGACUCUGCUGCUGAGGAGGCUAUGUUUUUGACCAAGUACGGCAGCCAUGUUACUGUGCUUGUGCGUAAGGAUAAGCUGCGUGCUAGCAAGGCCAUGGCCAAGCGUCUGUUGGCCAACCCCAAGGUUACCGUCCGUUUCAACACCGUGGCUACACAAGUUCUCGGCGAGGAAAUUCCCCGAGGACUCAUGACCCACCUCAAGGUCAAGAACGUCGUUACUGGAGAGGAGGAGACACUCGAUGCCAAUGGUCUGUUCUACGCUGUUGGUCACGACCCAGCGACCACCCUCGUCAAGGGACAAAUCGAAUUAGACAGCGAAGGAUACAUCGUCACUCAACCCGGGACAAGCUAUACUUCUGUUCCAGGUGUAUUCGCAGCCGGUGAUGUACAGGAUAAGCGUUACAGGCAAGCCAUCACCAGCGCAGGCUCCGGAUGUAUCGCCGCUCUCGAAGCUGAAAAGUUCCUCGCCGAAGAAGAAGCCGGUGAAGACGAAUCGCCCGCCGUCAAGACUGAAGUCGGACAUUCUCGCAUCGAGCCCGCAGUGGCCGAACCAGAUGCUCAGAGCGCGCAGAAAAAGAAAGGCAAUGAACCAGCUACAGCGGAAUAUAAGCAAAAUCCAUUGCUAUAAUUUUCUUUGAGUAUAGAGUUUUUUGAUGUUUAGCGGCUUUGUUUAUGAUUCCAAGCUUUCUCUUUUCAUGGUCGAGGAAUGAAUGCAUUAGAUAGAUAAAUAGAUCAAUAGAUUGGUGGAUCGAC